AUGACACCUUCGAGCUACCAAGAGUUUCGCCGACCUCGUCUCGCGAGUAUUGCGCAUGAUGCUCAUACGGUCACGCGUAUCCAAGCUCUGGAAGGAAUCAGAUCGUGGCUAUUUCUUUCUGGGGCCUUCUUCGACAAGACAUUCAUUGCCGACUUUACUACGGAGAAACUCCUUGGCACUGUCCUGUUGAACUAUAUCCGAAAGCCAAUUAGACUGGACAACAGCCUGUGGCUCCAAGGGAAUAAUAUAUCAUUGUCGAAAUCACCCAGCUUCCAGAUGGUUGCGUGUGUGGUCCUUGUCUUGGCCAUCUCAUGGAGUUCACAGGUACAAGAAAUGUAUAUAUAG